CAGGAAUUGACCCGACGGUUGAACCGGUAACUUGGUGACUCGAGGACGUGCCCGAGUCGAUCACCGGGGCCGGGUUUAAAAACUAUGAAAAUUACAAAUAACGAUUUUUUUUUUAACUCUAAUAAAACUGUAAAUUGAAAGUAUAUCCAAUUUCCACCCAACCAAUAAUAGUUAGUCCGAUUUUCGUCUGAUUCCCAAACGCGCGAUGGAUUUCUGGCAGAGGGCCCGCAGCUUCGCCGAGGAUGCCGCCAAGAAAUCGCAGGAGCUCACCCAGGGCAUCGCCUCCGCCAACCUCGCCGACGUCGUCUCCGAGGCCUCCAAGCGCUCGAAGGAGCUUGCCGCCGAGGCCUCCAAGAAAUCCAAGGAGCUCGCGGCCGAGGCCCUCAAGCGCGCUGAUCAGAUCACGGCUCACAUCCCGCCCGCCGCCACCGCCGCCGCCGCUCUGUCCGGUCUCGUCGACUCGUCCGCCUCCCAGAGCGGCGGCGUCGAGGCCGCCGAUCUGGAGAUGUACGGGGUGGCUGAUGAGCUGAGGGAGUUUGUCAAGGAGAUCACCAUGAAUACGUUCCGGGAUUUCCCGCUUGAAGGUGAAAACUAUGAAUCUUGUUGUUUAAGGGUUGAGAAGCAAGUAAUGAUGGUAAUGGAAGAGCAUUUGUGGGGGGAAAUGAAAGACGAUGCAGAGAUGUCUGAUGUUCCUACGGUUUCAAAUGUGCGACAGGAUCUUACCGAGUGGCAAGAAAGGCAUGCAAAGCUUGUUCUCUUAACAGUGAAGGACAUCUCAAAGCUAAGAUAUCAGUUAUGUCCACGAGUGAUGAAAGAGCGGAAAUUCUGGAGGAUCUACUUCAUUCUAGUUAAUAGUCAUGUGGCACCAUAUGAACACCGUUAUAAUGAAGAUCUAAAGCUCAAAGCUACUGAAAAGGUAAAAGAUAAUGAGGUAAAGGAAGUUUCAUCAGGUGCAACUCCUUCAAAAACAGAUGAGGGUUCAAAACAGAAGAGCAGUACUCAGAAGUCCCCAGUUUCUGAGCAGGAUUUGGACGUUUUUCUUCUGGGAGAUCUGGAUGAUGGAGAUGAUGGUCCAGAUGAUGGCGACAAUGGCUUUGAUGAUGAUUUUGAUAAAUUAUAACUUGGAAGAUGACAAAUAAUGGCAGCCAGAAGUUAUGUUCCACAAAGAGAAAUCUUAUGAAAUUGCAUGAGUUUGGGAUGCUUAAAUUUCGCCGCAAAAGCUCCCAAUUUAUCUGUAGUAAAUUCCGUUUUCUCUUGUUUCUGCCAUUAAAUUUGUCCAAGUCAGUUGUAUCUCUUAUUCUGAUAUUAUCUGUUUAUUCAAUUUACUGUGGAUGCCGCGGGACAUGGGUUUGGCUUGGGGUUAUAUAAAUCAAUGGUCCUUAUAUUGACUUUGUACCCAUUUUAUGGCUAACAAAUGAUAGAUGAACCUUCUGUGUUAUAUACAGACUGUUUUGGCUGAGCAAUA